UCUCAGGGCAACCACAGAGCGGGGCCUGGACCAGGGUGACCACUAGACUGAGCUGGGGCGAACCCUGUGUCGGGGCACGGGGCAGCAGUCGUUGUUCCAGCCGCCGCCGUGACUGGGCUAGGCCCGCCAACCUCAGUGCUGGGCCCAGCCGGAUCAGACCUUGGGCGCCCGGCGGCGGGUCUGCGGCCGAACGGAGGGCACAGGUGAGCCUAGGACGCCGAGCACGCUGCCCUACUCUAACGGUGGGUUGGAGGUCUGAGCCCGGGGUACUGGAACAGGCUUCUGCAGCUCCAAGAAGAAAGUGCAGCCCCGACCCCGUGGUGCCUGUUCUCACGAGGUCGCUUUAAGACCUGCAAGCUGCCUUCAAGGAGCUGAGAGAGGGUAGGAGAGAUUUUUCCGGAUUUCCUCAGGCAUCUGUGAGAAGUCAGGACUCCAGCCAUGCAGCUACAGGCCCUGCUCAAAAAGGACCACCACAUGCCACAAAGGGAGCCACCCGAGUUUUCUUGGUAUCCAGCUGGUGACCUCUGACGUGCAUCCUUGACAACACGAGUAGCUUGCUAGCUUCCCGGGGAGGAUCCCUUUUCUCAGGAGUGCCCUGCUGGGUGAGAGAGAGCUGGCCAGGUCUGGACUAUGCCGUCUAAGUCAGCUUGCCUGCGUCACACGGAGGUACCUGGGCAGCUGGAGGGCAGAAUGCUCCAGGGACAGCUUCCAAACACUGAAAAGAAGCUCACCCCAACACCAGGCUCCCUACCAGCCAUAGACUCUCAAAGUUCAGAGACAAACCCCAUGCCUCCUGUCAGCAUCCCAGCAAAACCAAGCAACCAGAACCCAAAAGCUAAGGCAAACUUGAUCAACCCACAGCCACCCAUGAGACCCAGGUUGGAGCGAACCCUGUCCCUCGAUGACAAGAGCUUGAGAAGGAGGCGUUUCAGAGGUAGUCAGGAGGAUCUGACUGUCCAGAAUGGGGCUAGUUCCUGCAAGGGUUCUGUCGCCCAGUCCCCUGCCUACAGUCGGCCCCUGCCCUGUCUCAGUACAUCCUUGCAGGAGAUCCCUAAGCCCAGAAGGACCACAGGCAGUGAGGGAGAGAGCCCAUCCUUGUGGAGUGACUGUCUUUCUGGAAUGAUCAGCACCUCCUUGGACCUCCUGCAGAGAGAGGCCACCCCAGGUGGAGGCUCCCCCAAGUUGGCAAGUUUGCAUGCCUCACACACACCACCAGCUAUGGACCUCAACAUAGCCUCCAGCUCCCUGAGAACAGCAAACAAGGUUGACCCUGAGCACAUGGACUUCAAGCUCCGCAUGCAGAACACACUGGUCAGAGCCCACAGCAGCCUGGGCCCUAGCAGGCCACGGAGCCCCCUGGCUAGUGACAAUCACUCCAUUCAAUCAGCCAGAUCUUCCUUCAGCCUUCUGGCCCCCAUCCGCGCCAAGGACAUCAGAAGCAGGAGCUAUCUGGAAGGCAGUCUUCUGGCCAGUGGGGCCCUGCUAGGAGCAGAUGAGCUGUGCAGGUACUUCCCAGACCGGAACAUGGCUCUCUUCGUGGCUACCUGGAACAUGCAGGGCCAGAAGGAGCUCCCAGCAAGCCUAGAUGAGUUUCUGCUCCCCACUGAGGCCGACUACACUCAGGACCUGUAUGUCAUUGGAGUCCAGGAGGGCUGCUCUGACAGGCGGGAGUGGGAAACACGCCUGCAGGAGACACUGGGGCCUCAGUAUGUGCUGCUGUCAUCAGCAGCACAUGGGGUCCUGUACAUGUCCCUGUUUAUCCGUAGGGACCUGAUCUGGUUCUGCUCAGAGGUCGAGUAUGCCACAGUAACUACACGCAUCGUGUCUCAGAUCAAGACCAAGGGAGCCCUGGGCAUCAGCUUCACCUUUUUCGGCACCUCCUUCCUCUUUAUCACAUCUCACUUCACCUCUGGAGAUGGGAAGGUAGCCGAGCGGCUUCUGGACUACAGCAAAACCAUCCAAGCCCUAGCUCUGCCCCGGAAUGUGCCAGACACAAACCCCUACCGCUCUAGUGCAGGGGAUGUCACUACCCGGUUUGAUGAGGUAUUCUGGUUUGGGGACUUCAACUUCCGCCUGAGUGGUGGACGAGUGGCUGUGGAGGCCUUCCUGAAGCAGGACCCAGAGGUGGAUGUGCUAGCACUCCUGCAGCAUGACCAGCUCACCCGGGAGAUGAAGAAAGGGUCCAUCUUCAGGGGCUUCGAGGAGGCAGAAAUCCACUUUCUCCCAUCCUACAAAUUCGACAUUGGGAAGGACACCUAUGAUAGCACCUCCAAGCAAAGGACACCUUCCUACACGGACCGAGUUUUAUACAAAAGCCGCCACAAGGGUGACAUCUGUCCCAUGAAGUAUUCCUCUUGCCCUGGGAUCAAGACUUCAGACCACCGUCCUGUGUAUGGCCUGUUCAGGGUGAAAGUGAGGCCAGGGCGAGACAACAUCCCACUAGCUGCUGGCAAAUUUGACCGAGAACUGUACUUGACGGGAAUUAAAAGACGAAUCUCAAAAGAACUUCAGAAACAAGCACUAAGGAAUCAGAGCUCCAGUGCUGUCUGCACUGUGUCAUGAAGUUACCAUACAAGGACUGGCCACUGCAGCUUGAGGACCAAGGUCACUGGAAAAAGAGAUGUGCUUAUUCUUUGGUACCUCGUCAUGUUGGGGUCCUAAUGGCUAGGGGCUCUCCUGUUCUUAACACAGACCCCAUCCCUCAGGACAGCAGUGGCUGUGGCCAGCACAAGCCUCAAUUAUUCCUGUCAUGUUCCCACAGGCACAUGGCAGGAUUUGUUCUGAGGGGGGCAGGUGGACACCAAGCAGCAGCCUCACGGAGAAGCUACAGACUGAGUCAGGCUUGCCCUGAGCAGUCCCACACCCUGCAGGAGCAGUCUCUUCAACCCCUUUUAUUCCUGUUCUCAUGCCAGAACCCAGGUUCUAGGUCUGUAUCCUCCUAACAGGCCCUUUCCUCCUCCAGGGAGGGAUCAGACAACCUCUGGUAGUUGAACCUGCCAAGACCUAGAAUUCAGAGGCCAAAGCUAGGAUGUGCCCUGCAGACAUUUUGGUAGGCUUUGAGGUUCUACAUCAUGGUCCCAGGCUCCUGACCUCCAAUUGAGUAGGGAUCCUUCCUCUCCACAGGCUAACCCAACACCAGCUAUAGAAAACUCAUGGUUCUUAGGAGCUUCAGACCACUUGCUUUUAUGCUACUAGCCCCAGAAUGGCAUUAGAAAUGGUGUCAUCAGGCAGCACCUUGUUGGGCUUCACUCCUUAAAGCUUAGAACUCAUCAUUGUUCAUCUUACCCCAUCCCCUCAGAGACAUAGCCUUGAAUGUACAGACACCUAUGGGCAUCCACUCUAGUCUUCUAAAUUAUUUAUUUUUCCAUAUUUAUAUUUUUAAAUAAAUUCAUAUUUCAGUCUUAA